AUGAUACUCCCACGAUGGGUCGUCACUUCGGCGGUGGCUUUGCUUCCACAGGUCUCUGGCUUUGCAUCAACGGACAGCCCAUCAGAUGCAGAUCCAGCGCAGUCAGGCUAUCUGCCAAACCACAACAUGGAUCCAGCAGUCGUUGAUAGCGCCGAGUUUGGUUUGCUCUGGAAAGUACCCUUUAACUACCAAGAACAGUUCUACGCAAAGCCUCUGGUAUAUACACCAAAUGCUGGUGGAAACCAGCUUGUUUUCUUGGCAUCUUCGCAGAAUUGGAUUCGGACCCUAGAUGCCAAGACGGGCGAUCUUCUCAACUCUCGACAGGUCCAUACGCCAUUCUUGCAGACCGACAUUGCUUGCACAGAUAUCCCCAAUUAUAUCGGCAUCAUUGGAACCCCCAUCAUAGAUACUACUAGCGACAUUGUGUACUUUUUCUCCAAGACUUAUAUCCCGAAUUACAGAUACGCGGGAGACACUGGCGCUUACAACGGAGUCUAUUACUUUCACGGCGUGAAUAUCAACACAUUAGCGGACACUUUUCCACCUCUCUUGGUCGACGGCGUUCCGGCCGAUAAUGAUCCGUUGAAAUAUUUCAUUGGAGGGACCGUCCUGCAGCGACCAGCCUUGACUAUGAUUGGCUCCGUUGUCUACGGUGGUUUCGGCGGUCACUGUGACUUGUUCAACUAUACAGGUCAAAUCGUUGGCAUCGAUAUCAAUCUGCAAGAGGUUGUGACCAAUUUCGUUACCGAAGCUGGACCUCUAGUUCCUCAGACCAAUGUCUGGAAUGAGAACCUUGGCGGAGGCCAAGGUGGCAUCUGGAUGAGCGGAAUGGCUCUAUCGACUGACGGUGAACGUCUCUUCUGGGUAUCGGGGAAUGGUGACGGUCACCAAAAUGUUGAUGCGCCUGCCUCCGGAAGCAGCGGCUGCCAAACGCUGGGUGAAGCUUGUGUCAACCUCAACAUUGGUGAUGGCGGUAAGCUGCUUUUGACAGAUUACUUUCAGCCUUACGACUAUCAGAAUUUGGACGGUGGUGAUCAGGACUUUGGCUCGGGUGGUAUCGCACUUCUCGAUCCCACGGUUUUCUAUGGCACCGGUGUUUCCAAGAUGGCCGUGACAGCUGGUAAAAACGGUAAGAUUUACAUCCUCAAUGCCAACAACUUGGGUGGGUACAGAAAUGGCCCAGGCGGAACCGAUGGGAUCAUUCAGACGAUCACGACGAACAAAGCUGUCUUCGGUGGCUCAGGAUCCUAUCCGCUUGAAGGUGGCUACAUCUACUCGACACCCAUCAACUAUCCUACAUACGUGUACAAGCUUGGCUUCGACGGUAACGGUGUUCCACUGUUCACUCAAGUCGGUGCGACUACCGAGAUCUCUGCUGGUCGUGUCGGCGUCGGUAUCCCAACUAUCACCACCUAUCAAGGCAAAGCUGGCACAGCCAUUCUAUGGAUGUGUGAUCCUGACGCCGGUUUGCGGGCUUGGUAUGCCGUGCCGAACCCGGAUGGCACCAUGAAGACGAUCAAUCUGCCGCAAGUCAACGGAUUGAACAAAUUUCAGCGCCCGUCUUUUGGAGACACCCGCCUGUAUGUCACAGACGCUGAGGGAACCGUCUAUUGUCUGGGCUCUCCCGUCAAUCUACCUCUGAAUUGUACUUCGCCUGUCGACUUUGGCAGCGUUGCUCUUGGGAGUAGUCAGACCGAAACGGUCACUUGCAAAGCUGUCAUUGCCAUCAACGAGAUAACCAGUAUCACCACUGGCGAUGCAAAUUUCCAGGUCAAUGCUGCGAAUUUGCCCCAAGGGCCAGUCGCAGCAGGUACCACAUUCAGCUUUCCCGUCAUCUGGAACCUUAGCACAAUACACAAUGGAGAUGCAGCAAAUGCCUCAUAUGGCAAUGUCUCACCUGGUGUCAAAAGUACUGCAUUAACACUUACCACUCUCAACGGGGUGGGAGGAUACUCGACAACAUUUCCCAUCAGCUUGACGGGAACAGAGGUGUCGCAGGACGCUUUUCUCGUCAUAGCUCCAAUCACGGUCGACUACAGUGGGCUUGUCCUUCUGAAUUAUCCAGAAGAUGUUCCCACCAAUUCCCUUUCCUUUACCAUCACCAAUGCGGGGUUGAGCCCUCUCACUAUCCUUGGCUAUGCGUACACUACCGAUGACCUCGACGACGAUGACAUAGACUGGACCAACACUACGUUUGGUGGCGCUACGCAAGAUCUUGGAUACGGCUUCACUGCGAGCGAUCUGCCUGUGGUGGGCACUGUCAUUGCAGGGGGGGCCCAGAUAUCAGUCGACUCGACCUUCACUCCUGUCAAUGGAACUGGUAACUACGGAUCUUUCUUCGAGGUAUGGAGCGAUGGAGGAUCCCAGAACAUCAUUUUGGAAGGCUCUGCCUCUACCGCACCAAUCGCAAAUUUCUCCAUCAGUAACGGCGAAGGCGGUUGGUUGCCGCAGAGCACCCUUCUUAUGGAUUUUGGCGAGGUUGUUCCGGGAACAUCACCAUCAUUGCAAAUCCGCAUUUGCGACGUCGGUGGCUCGGUGCUCGAAGUCACCAAGAGCAAGCCUCCUAACGGCGUCUUUCGUCUGGAUGAUCCUACUGAUCUGCAUGAGUCACAGCAAAUUCCUGUCGAUCAGUGUGCCUACGGGACUGUCAUAUUUGCCACUAACGCUGAGACUCCAAACAAUCCAGAUCAAGUUUAUACAAAUAGCUGGACUUUGAACACCGGCUGUUUUAUCGAUGAUGCCCCGGCGGGGCGAUUGCUUCCCACCCAGCCAUAUGAUAAUAGCUCGAACACCAAUGGUCUUUGCCAAACGGAAGCUCAAGCAGGCAACUACAUCUUCGCCGGUACUGAGUAUCAAACCGAAUGCUGGUUAGGUGAUACACCACCACCCAGCCUCUAUCAAGCCGCCGAAACCUACUGCACAUUCUCCUGCGCCGGCGAUGCGACUCAAGUCUGCGGCGGAUUCGGCGGUUAUCUGAGCGUCUACUACGACUCCACCCGCUAUACCCCAGGAAACAACACUCAGCCUGCCGGCGCACCAAUCACUGUCAAUCAGACUGGAAACUACAACUACAUUGGUUGCUACUCAGAGGCUACAGUUGGUCGCGCACUUUCUGGCUUGGCGCCGGCAAUUCCAGCUGGCAUUGGCAACACGGUCGAGAGCUGUGAGGCUUCUUGUCAGGGGUAUACUUACUUCGGCGUCGAGUACUCCAACGAGUGCUACUGCGGUAACACGAUCAACGCUGGCUCAGUCAACCAGCCUAGCUCGGAUAUCCUUGUCAACGGUUGUUCCAUGCUGUGCGGUGGCAACGUCUCGGAGUACUGCGGCGGUCCGGAUAGGCUUGACAUGUACCAGCUCGAUGGUAGCUUGCCCUUACCCACCUCGACAACAUCGACGCCGGGGACGAGCCCGACACCAACGCCUGGCGCGCCUUCGGUUGUGCCAUCCGCUGGUGGGUUCAGCUACAUUGGCUGCUAUACGGAUAGCACGGCCAAUCGCGCGCUCACAGGGCUUACGAAUCCUGUUGCUGGUGCAACGCUGACCAUCGAGCUCUGCGCCGCUGCUUGCGCUCAGUUCACAUAUUUCGGCGUCGAAUACAGCGCUGAGUGUUACUGCGGGGAUGCCUUGCUAGGAGGUUCGGCUCUAGCUACUGGUGGAAGCGAUCCAACCCAAAAUCUGUGCGAUAUGACUUGCGACGGCAAUACUAGUGAAUACUGCGGCGGUCCGAAUCGACUAAAUACGUAUCAGUACAAUGCCUCGCUCGCCUCUGCUUCCUCGGCUGUUCCCACUGUCACCAAUUCAGCAACGGUUUCUGGCAUUGCGUCCGCAUCGAGUACCAGUUCUUCUACACCAGCGCCCACACCAACUGGACCGAUCACAGUCCAAAAGGGGGUGGGGUUCUCGUACUUAGGAUGCUACAGCGAUAGCGUCAACUCGAGAGCUUUAUCUGGACUCACCAACCCCGGGGUCGCAAGUCAGAAUGAUGUCGAACAAUGUGCUUCCGAGUGUAGUGCUUUCACGUAUUUUGGUGUCGAAUACGGAGCUGAAUGCUACUGUGGUAGCGCCAUCAACGGAGGAUCAGCUCUCGUUGCCGGAAGCACCCCGGACGUUACUGGUUGCAAUAUGGUCUGCAGCGGAAACGCGACAGAGUACUGUGGUGGCUCGAAUCGGAUCAACGUCUACACUUACGUUGCUGUGACCUCGUCAGCUCUUCCGUCAAGCUCCAUUGCAUCGUCGUCGGUCAUUGCCUCGUCGAAUAUCGGAACAUCAUCCAGCAUUACCGCCUCUGUAAUCUCUGCUGCUUCCUCAGCCUCUGUCAUCUCCACAGCAUCAUCUAUCGCGCCCACAUCCACUGGUCCGGUCCACGUCCAAACGGUCGGCAACUACGUCUAUCAAGGUUGCUGGAACGACACCCAACAAGACAGCAACACUCGCACUCUCAGCGGAUUUGCAUAUUUCAAUACUUCCGGUUUGACAGUUGAGCUGUGUGCCGCUCAGUGCACUGGUUAUGCGUGGAUGGGUGUCGAGUAUGGACAGGAGUGCUACUGCGGGACAGCUCCCAAUGUCGGCAGCGCCUGGAAUACUGUGGAGUCCAAGUCUUAUGACCGUAUCCUCCAGCGUGAUCUCGCCCUACAGCGCAUCAACUUUUGCAUCUUCGGUCUCGGUAGCCUCGUCAUCAAAAUUUUCGCUUUCAUCGUCCGUACUAGGUUCCACUAUAGGCUUGGGCAGCGUAUCUUCCGCAACUCCAUCCGCGAUCUCGUCCCCUGGCUCAACUUUGUCCAGCAAGCCAGCCUCGACCUCCGUCUCAUCUGCUGGUCCUACCUCGGCUGCGCCAACAACUCCGUAACGCCGCGUGCCCUCUCCGGCGCCUCCUACACCAACACGUCCGGCAUGACCGUCGAGUCCUGCCAAUCCUACUGCAGCACCAACGGCAACAACUUCCCCCUCGCCGGCCUCGAAUACGGCCAGGAAUGCUACUGCGGCUCCGGUCUCCAAAACUACGCCGCGGUGGGCAAGUCGGGCUGCUCGGAACCGUGCGCGGGCAACGCGUCCGAGAUCUGCGGCAGCGCCAACCUACUCAGUCUGUACAACCUGACGAGCUACCAGCCUCCGUCCACGGUUCCGCAGGUCGGCUACUACGUCUCCCAGGGCUGCUACAACGAGGCGCCGAACGGGCGCCUGCUCGGCGGGCCCUCGUACUCGAACGCCUCGGGCAUGACGGUCGAGUCGUGCGUCCAGUUCUGCCAGGCUUCGACCCCGACCAUGCGGGUCGCGGGCGUCGAGUCCGCCCAGGAAUGCUACUGCGCGUCCACUCUGCCGGGCUCGGCGACCGCGGCGAGCUCGAGCGGUUGCGACGUGCCGUGCUCGGGCAACCGGAAGGAGUUUUGUGGCGGGAGUGGGCUUUUGAACCUUUAUGAGUAUAAUGCGACGAGCGUGAGUGCGCUGGGCGUGCCGGCUACGGGGAGUCAGUCGUGA